AUGGUGUCUGAAGACCCGGAGCGCUCGUCUUGGGACAGCGCGAAAGAUGCCUUCUUGGUAGAGGCCAUGACGCAGCAAGCGCAAGCAGGGAAGAGAGCUGCCGGCGGCUUCAAGAAGGAGAAGGAAGCGUGGACCGAAGCACUCGCUGCGUUCAACACCCGUCUUCAGACGAAACUGUCGAGGCAGCAGAUCAAAUCCAGACUGACAGCGCUGAAAGGCAUCUAUACGUCGAUCAAGGUGAUUCUAGACGCGUCGUGA